AGCGCCUCGAGAUCGAAGAGCAUUCACUACCAGACAGGAUGGGUGCCACACCCCGAAUUGGAGGCGAGACCACGGAUAUGGACGUCGAUAGCGCCAACGACCUGGAUGAAGUCUGGACUCAGGUUAACGUGAGGGCUUCUGCCAGCGGUGCGUCCGAUAGCGGCGACGACGCGUCUAGUCUUGUGGUUAUAUCUCGCAGUUCGUUGCCGGAUCCCAAUACCAUGCGACCGUUAAUAAGUAACAUUGUCCCCAGGUGGCAGUCCGUCCAUCGAGUUCCUCGACGUCCAACCAGCGGCGGUACCACAUAGAAUUGUGUGGCCCCCAUCGCUACCAUGGUUUCAGCUAAGGGACAUCUUGGAGGACACCGUGCGCACAAAACUUGCAAACGCUCAUUUGAGCCGGGUAAUCAAUGCCCUGACACCGACACCACUGCCUCCCACGAAGGCGGGUAGUACGCUAACAGUCGGAUCGACGAGUGUCAGCCUAAUGGCUCGCUCAGGGGCCGUCGAAGCAGCAACGAAAGCGAUUAGUAAGACAAUGCCAGAACUCUUCCCAGGCGAACACCAAGCCCGAAUGGAACUAGUAGCCAGCGGCGGCAACGGUCUGGAAGCGAAACUCGAGGCCUUCCAGGUCCUCUGCUACCAGCUCUCUAACAAACUCAUUGAGGAUCCCAGCUACUACGACGACGAGGACUAUGAUGAAAACUCCGACAAGUACGCGCAGACUGUCAGGAUGUUCCGCGACCUCGAUCUGCCACCAGACCUGUGGACCGAAAUUUUUAUUGAGCAGAAAACGCGCACGGGUGCUGCGGCCGCGGAGGCCCUUUUUGAAGCCGCGAUUAAUGAAGGCGAUCUCGAGAUUAUUAUGACGCUCCUAAAGUCUGGUGUCGUUGAUCCGGACGUGCCUGUCUGGACGUGUGACGGAAUGCAAUAUCCGAUUCAAUGGGCGGCGUCGAGGAUAGAGCGUCGAGGACACUCUAACGUGAUCAAACUGCUUGUUGAACUCGGUGCAGACGUGAACAAGUGGACGCAAGAGUACGGCAACUCCGCUUUGCUCGAUGCUGCGCGGAGCGGGUCGUUUGAAAUAGUCCGGCUUUUGGUCGAACACGGGGCGGAUUUCAGGGACCUACUUGACAACAAAACGGACUAUAUCGGUAUGGACACCCCCUUGAUAGCUGUGAUUUACAACAAGGUGCCUCCCGUGAAUGAUAGUGGAUGCUCUGGACCACGUGGGGGCAAUAAUACAGAGGGCCAGGAGCUGGAGUCUGUUGGGAUCUUUAGGUACUUGCUGUCGUUGCACGGCGAUACCAAGAAGGACCGGGAUAUCAUCCAAGAGGCUCUAAUUGCUGCAGCUGCGUUAGGGAGAACUGACCUGAUUCCCCUGGCACUCGACGCCGGCGCAGAGCUUCAGACACCUGGACGUAACGGGUUCACGGCCCUUCAGGCUGCGAGUGGCUCCUACGGUGAUAAGUCAGCUGUGAUCAGGCAGCUCUUAACACUAGGUGCCAGACCAAAGAAGACGGGUAUAUUGUCGGAGUUGCACCUUGCAGCUUUCAAAUCAUCUCCAAACACAAUCCGUGCACUAAUCGAGCACGGGAUGGACGUGAACAUGUGGAUUCCAGGGCUGAAAGAGCGCCAACUCAACUUCCUCGGCCGUUAUUUGCUGUCCGAGCAAAAAAAGGAAUUUUUCAAGAUCGCCCAUCUGCUACACACUCCAUUGGAUUUUGCACUUGCAGCAGCGACCUGUGUCCUGGAAAAGGAUCGCGAAUUGAACGCAGUGGUUCUCUUACGCGCUGGAGCGAGAUUAACCGGCGGCGAGCUGGUCCGGGCGAUUAAGUUCAACAAUGAUGAGCUACUAAAUUGUAUUCUGGAGCAGGAGACUGAUAUUAACCAGGCUUGGUGCGGACUCACUGCAUUGCAGGCCUGCCUGGACAGCGGUGCUCUGGAGAUGGCAGAGAAGCUGGUCCGUCGGGGCGCACGGCUGAACGGUGGAGAGGUUAGCGCUGCCUUUGAAAAAGGGACACCAAAGUUUAUCUCGACAUUGCUCUCAUACGGAGGUGGCCUUAACGGCAAGGAUGAAUUGGCUCCGAGUCCACUCGAACGCGCGUGUUCGAAACAGAACUGGCCUGUUAUUGAGUGGGCCUUGCAGAAAGGGCUCGUGGACUAUUCACCAGGAGCACUCUGUGCUGCUGUUUGUUUAAGUCGACACAAGAGUGAGAGACGACUCGAGCAGAUAAAGCUUCUGCUUCAUCACCGGAAGCGAGUCCUACACCACUACAAUCCCAUCUGGUCACUUCUUGAGGGCACCGCUGCGGGUUAUGCAGCAUUGUGUGGUGAGGAGGAUAUACUCGACGUACUACUUCUGUUAGGAGAUCUGGAAAAAUGCAUUAUCCCAAUGUAUCCAACGAGUCUUGUCGUACUGCUCUCAUGGGAAUACGACUGGGUAACCGAACAAUACUCGAAGCUUGACUGGACAAAGCCAGGUCAACCAACUGUCUCGAUUCUCGUACCUGCCAUUCUCAGCAGAUGCUGGGACAAUGUCGAGCGUCUGCUCAACAAAGGGUGCAAAGCAGACGGGUUCUCUCUUCUCGCGACGAUCCGCUUUUUCGACAACGACCAGGUCAUCCAGCUUUUGUCCUCCGGCGCUCGAGCCGACACGCGCCUGAAAGACUUUGACUCUCCAUUGCAGCUCGCCGCGCGCCUUGGCCGCCUCGACGUCGUCCGAACGCUCCUCCACCACGGAGCAAACGUGAAUGACCCCCCCGCGCAAACAAAAACACACUGGUCUCUCCCCCGAGCUGCACUGCAAGCUGCCACCGAGACCGGUAACCAGGAACUGAUCGACCUCCUUCUUGAAGCUGGGGCUGACGUGAACGGCCCUCCAGCACCGGAUGGCGGCGCGACGGCUCUUCAGCUUGCCGCGAUAAAGGGCUAUCUACCCAUCGCACAACGUCUUCUGGACGCCGGUGCGCAAAUCGAUGCCACGCGGGCCCGGGUGGCCGGCCGGACGGCCCUCGAAGGUGCUGCGGAGCAUGGGCGACUGGACAUGGUACAAUUUCUGCUCGAGAAUGGAGCAUUGACGUUUGAUGACGGCGCAUGCCAGUAUCACCGGGCAAUGGGGUUCGCGCGGAAGAACGGACAUCGUGCUGUUCUGCAACUGCUGGAGCACUGGGAUGAAGGGGACAUGGAUUCUUUCUGGUGCAAUUGGGACGGCCUGCUGGAUGACGAUUUCCAAGAAGAGGAUGCAGAUGGGUACGACUCCGAGUAACAACUAGCUGUUUAUUGUUCGAGUUGAAACCCGUACAGCGCCAAAUGCGCCGUGAAUUUCCAAGCGAGAAUUGGCUGCAAUGCAGAUUGGUUAUAUUAGGUUAUUGGAAAUGCGCAAUGGAAGAUGAUGGAUCCCAACAAAGCCAUGCUAUCUUCGUCUCGUGGAGCUUCGCAGGCCCUUGGCAACCAAGCCGGUCCGGGAGUGUCAAACUUUAG